AAACGUAGUUUGCAAAAAUAGUCUGGGGGCUAUGUGUUCGACCUAUUUUUUUCCCAAUCUACUUCCAGCGCCUUCCUACUUCAUGUUUUUACAUACCUCUUCCCACCGGCGUGUAAUCCAGGUUUGCGCGCCCCGGACUUGUGCUGAUUUCUCUUCUUCCAGCGUCCGGGGGAACCUCCGCGGGGCGGCGGUGAGGGCGCCGGCGUGGGCGCCCAGGGACGCCGCCGCGGUGCAGGAGAGGCUGGCCACCGAGCUCGGGUGCCGCAGCGUCGGCGUGAGGCUCCUGCGCCGCCGGCUCCGCUCCGGCGAGGACGCUCUCGGGGGCCCUGGCGGCCUCCCGCGCUUCGACCUCUACGCGACGCUCGAGGACGGCGCCGAGGCCCCAGUCGUGGACGCCUCCGCCUACCUGGUGUCCGUGUCGACGCUCGCGGCCUGCCUCCUCUGCUUCUACGGCCUGUCGGCGGGCUGGCUGCCAGCCGCGGGCGGACCGUCGGGCGCACUGCCUGCGGGGCUGCUCCUGGGCCUGCUCGGCGUCGGCGAGGGCUGCCGCGCAGCGUGCGCGCGGGCGAGCGGCGUGCGGCUAGGGCCGCCGACGCUGCUGCCGUCGCCGCAGCUGGGCGUGGCCGGCUGCUUCGCCCGGGCCGAGAGCCCGCCGCCCUCGCGGGCCGAGGCCCUGAGGCUGGCCCUCGCGCCGCCGCUCGCGGUGGCGGCGGCGUCCUGCGUGCUGCUCGCCCUCGGCGCCCCGGUGGGCGACGGCGCCGCGGCGGCGGCCGCGGGCGUGGCGCCGGCGGCGGCCCGCGUGGCGUGGCCGCUGGCGCUACUGCCGGGAGGGUGCAGCGCGCAGCUGUGGGCAGGCACGCACGGCCUGCUCAUGCGGCGCUACGCGCUGCUCCCCCACAGCCCGGACGGCAGGAUGGCGCUGCAGAGCCUGGUCGGCCCCGGCACCGCAAGACAG